UCCACAGCAUCACCAACCACAUUAAAUUAUAAAAUUUUGAAAAUAUAAAUAUUUGAAGAAAUAAAAGUAACGUAAUGUUGUCCAGUACAAAUUCUAGGUGGAAUAUCUGCCGCAUUUGUCUAAAGAAUUCGGGUCAGUGUCUAUAUUCAAUAUUUGACGAAGGGAAUGAAACAACCGAAUUAGGAAAUUUGCAGGAUAAAAUAGAGCAAUACGGAGGCAUAAAGGUUUAUCCACAAAACAAUCUACCCAACAAAAUAUGCAGCCGUUGUUUGUUAUUGUUGAAGGCUGCCCAUAAAUUUCGAGAUUUGUGUGAACAGUCCCAGGAACAGUUAAAGCAAUUUAUAAACCCUCUUAAAGAAGAGGAAGAUGCCGAAGACAAUAUAAUUUCCAAAGAGGAUGAUGACAGUGAUAGUGUGGUCAUAACUAGCAGCACAAAGCAACGUAUGGACGAAUUUAUUACAGAUGAAAAAACCAAUACCCUCUCGCUAAUCGAAGAAUAUGACCUUAGCACUCCUGCGGACGAAGACGAAGAUGACGACCAAUAUGUGUAUGAGGAAAUCAAUGAGUCCAGCCAAGAAGCUGCAGGUCUAAUGAGCGAGGAUACCAAUUCCUAUGAGGAUAGUAACAUGCACUUUGACUACUAUGAAACAACCAAUGAUGAUGAAACCAAACGUGAGUCGUCAACAGGGGCCACCGAUGGUGAGCUGCUGAUACCUGCCACAAGAAAAGCAGUAAAAAGAAAACGUGAAAUCAAGAUCAUUAAUGAAAGCGUUUAUCGUUGUGAAUAUUGCGAAAAUGUCUAUCAUGACAGAACAAAAUACAAUUUGCAUGUAAAAUUGCACAAUAAUGUUAAGCCCCAUGAAUGCGAGAUAUGCAAGAAACAUUUUUCAACAACAUCGCAGUUGUCCAGGCAUAUGAAUUCUCAUACGGGAAAUCGACCAUAUAAAUGCAAUUUUUGUGAAGCCAGCUUUGGAGAUCCUUCAACAAAGAUCAAGCAUGAAAGAAUUCACACCAAUGAACGUCCCUACAAAUGUGAACUGUGUUCGAAAUCAUUUUCUUAUUCAAAUGUCUUGAAGGUUCAUAUGAUGGUACACACCGGCGAGAAGCCACAUGUAUGUGCAUACUGUGACAAAUCCUUUUCGCAAGCUCACCAUAAAAACGCUCACGAAAAACGCCAUUUGAAAGUGGUAGUCGUAGAAGCCGAUAAUGACUUAGAUAAUUUCGAAGAAGAUAUAAAAGAUUUUGAAUUGCAAAAGCACUAAACAUUGCUUUCGAUUGAUAGUAUUGGGUUGCCCAAAAAGUAAUUGCGGAUUUUCAUAUAGUCGGCGUUGACAAAUUUUUUCAACGGCUUGUGACUCUGUAAUUGCAUUUUUUCUUCUGUCAGUUAUCAGCUGUUACUUUUAGCUUGCUUUAGAAAAAAAGUGUAAAAAAAGUAUAUUUGA